GUAGUUGAGAAGGCAAUAGUCCCUCUUAUGAUCACGAUGAGAGUGACUCUGUGUCGAGACAACUUUCCCAUUUCCUUCGCCCAAUAUGUCUCCAUUUUUGAAACCAAGAAUAGCAUUUCUGCCAACGAGGUGUGGGCUUGGGCUCCCCGCAAGCUGGGCAAUCCCAAAUGUAUUCCACCGUUCUGGUCUCCGUAGUCCUUGGGCCGCAGAAGUGAGGAGUAUAGUGAACGCAGGGCUGGAUGAAAGUGAUCCUGUGGCCGCACCCAUAGUCGUAGUUUUUGAUGAUGCACAUUUCGAUGUGUUGGGAUUCAGUUCCACAACGUUGAUAAUGGAUGAUAUAUUUCCGAGAUGUGAGGAUGAUCAAGUCAAGGCGUGGCUAGUGUGCUGCAGAGUCUAGUAAGGAGGACGCGAGUCUGUUCUGAGGACCAUCAGAUGUCUUACAUUUCUAAUUCUUCUAAAUUUAAAGAAGAAGCUGUUCUGAAGCACCCUUUCAAGGUGCAGGGCUGUUCUGACCUAGAGACUUGCAGCGAGAAUUCAGCAAAGGGGGCCUUAGGUCAUAUGU